GAAAAGGGCCUCGGAAAGCAAACGAAAGAAACGGAGAAGAAACUAUUUCAGAUUUUCAGCGUCGGUAAUUCACACUAUACCGCCGCCCCCCUAGAUUUUUUCAUCGCAUUAAAAAAUACUCAGUAGUUGUGGUAAAAACUGAGUCAACUUGAUAGUUAGAGUUGACUCGGAAUAAUAUGGAGGAAAAAGAAGGAGAAUGGCCAGCCAUAGGAAUCGAUCUCGGAACAACAUACUCAUGUGUUGGUAUUUGGCAGAAUAAUCGUGUUGAAAUCAUAACUAAUGAUCAGGGUAACCGGACGACGCCGUCUUGUGUCGCCUUCACCCCAACUGAGCGCCUUAUUGGUGAAGCUGCCAAAAAUCAGGCCAUUUCAAAUCCUAUUAACACUAUUUAUGAUGUAAAGAGGCUUAUUGGUCGGAGAUUCUCUGAUAAAACCGUACAGAGUGACAUUAAACUAUGGCCUUUUGAGGUUGAUUCCUGUACUUCUGGAAAAGACAGUAAACCUGUUAUUGUGGUCACAUAUAAGGGUAAAAAGAAGCAGUUUACUCCCGAAGAGAUAUCUUCCAUGGUUCUAAUGAAGAUGAAAGAGACUGCAGAAGCCUACGUUGGUUCAGAAGUGAAGAAUGCUGUCAUCACCGUUCCUGCCUACUUCAAUGACUCCCAACGUCAGGCAACUAAAGAUGCUGGAAUCAUUGCUGGACUUAAUGUUAUGCGCAUAAUUAAUGAGCCAACAGCUGCAGCCAUUGCGUAUGGCCUUGAGAUGAAGGCUGAUCACAGCACUGUGGCUGCAAGAAAUGUGCUGGUUUUUGAUCUUGGUGGUGGGACUUUUGAUGUCUCUUUGGUGAACAUGGAUAAGGAUUUAUUUGAAGUUAAGGCUAUAAGUGGGAACACUCAUCUCGGUGGAGGAGAUUUUGACAAUAGAUUGGUGAACCAUUUUGUGGCGGAGUUUAAGAAGAACAAUGGUAAGGACAUUAGCGGCAAUGCUAAAGCUCUUGGUAGGUUAAGAGCUGCCUGUGAGAGGGCAAAGAGGAUUCUCUCAUCAACCACGGAGACUACCAUUGAGAUAGAUUGCCUUCAUGAUGGUACUGAUUUAUUUUCAACCCUCUCUCGUGCCCGAUUUGAAAAGUUGAAUAUGGAUCUGUUUAGGGAUUGUACAAGACCCAUUGAGAAGUGUUUGAAGGAUGCCAAGAUGGAAAAGAGCGACAUUCAUGAUAUUGUUCUUGUAGGAGGGUCGAGUCGGAUCCCCAAAAUUCAACAGUUGCUACAAGACUUUUUCAAUGGAAAGGAGCUAUGCAAAUGCCUCAAUCCAGAUGAAGCGGUUGCGUAUGGAGCAGCCAUUCAAGCUGCUAUCUUGAGUGGUGUGCGACAAAAUCACCAUUUUUUGCUUAUAGAUGUCACUCCGUUAUCACUUGGUAUUGAGCUUGCUAGUGGAGAUUUCUAUGUUGUGAUCCCAAGGAACACACCUAUUCCAACCAAGAUGCAGAGGGAUCGUACCACUGAUUAUGAUAACCAAACCAGUAUGUUAACUUAUGUGUAUGAAGGGGAGAGACUUGUGGCCAAGAAAAACAACUAUUUAGGCAAAUUUGCUCUCUCUGGCAUUCCCCCAGCACCAGCAGGUAUUGCCUGGAUAACUGAUUGCUUCAGCAUUGACGCCGAUGGCAUCUUGACUGUGACAUCUGAGGAUAAAAGCAGUGGUAACAAGAAUCAAAUUACCAUUACCAAUCACUGUGGGAGACUAUCAAAGGGAGAGAUUGAUAGGAUGGUGAAGGAGGCUAAGAAGUAUAGGGCCGAAGAUGAGGAGCACACGAAAGCAAAACAAGCUAAGUUUAUCUUAGAGAACUAUAUCAACGACAUGUGGGACACUGUGGAAUGUCACAGUGGAGGAAAGAUUGGAGUGCUAGAAAAGAAGAUGGAAGAUGCUAUUGAGCAGGCAAAUCAAUGGCUAGAUUGGAACAGCCAUCUCAAUGAGGCCUCUAGAUUUGAGCAAAAGUUGAAAGAGCUUGAGAGUAUUUGCAACCCUCUCAUUGCUGAGAUAAACCAGAGGGAUGCUGCUUUGACAGACGCCGAGACAAUUUGCACAUUUAUUAAUGUGCUCGAUCUGUAGUAAUCAGAAGAGUGAUCUUAAGCAGGCCGUUCCUACUAGCUACAGUACCUGUAGUUCGGAUGCAUGCAAUCUUCGCCAAAGAUCUACCUGAGAAAGGCGGCACUGGUUUUUAGCUUAAAGUUGGAUUCGAUUCUUUAUAUAGAUCACUUGAAGCUGGAAAGGAAAGGGAUGGCGUUGUUGUCUGGUUUUGGGGAUUAUAUCUGAAUGCUUCAUGUUUUUGAAAAUUUCAGUUUCCCUUUUUGUGUAUUCCUGUUUCCUAUAACCUCAGAAAUAUCUGCUGAAUUAGAGAGUGCUGGCUGCUAAUUAAAGAUUUUUGAAGCAGAAAUACGAAUCAGUUAAACUAGACUUCUCAUUUUUCAGGUGAAUUGCAACAUCUUAUAUAGACUGUGAUUAGGAUUUAGGAACUAUAAAAUUAUUACGAGGAAUUGUAUUUGUA